CUGGUCGCCCGUCCUCGCGUGAGACAGCCCUGUAGUGUUACUCCGGCGCCGCUCCCGACGCUCUCAAGUGGUCUGAAAGCCGCCGCCGCUUGCCCUAGGUCAGACGCUCUCCAUCUAGUGCACUUAUCGUAUCAAUUAUACCUUGGACACUUGCCGGGGAUGUGCUUCUCAUCAAAGGGAACUAUUAGUGAACCGCCGCAAGGUCGAUGCGGUAUAAACGAAAAGUUAAUUCGGGAUCCACUGAUCUUAUUACACACAUACAACGGACGAGAUGCAACGCGGACUCAGUUAUUAUUGAGGGCGAGCGAGACGGUUCCGGAGAGACACGUUCAUGUUUGA